GAGCACCGGUAUACCCGCCAGUCUGCGACCCCCCCCCACUUUGACCCUGCAGGCCACUAAUUAAUCGCCACCAAGGAAGGACAGAGCCAGGACGAGACAGCAGCGGGAAGCGAGAGAAGGGGAAGGGGAUGGAAGGAGAUGGGCAAGGAUCGAUCGAAGGGGAAGGAAGAGAUUCAGGGUGAGCGAGUGAGAGAACAUGUGGGCAGGAAGGGUGCAGCAGACACACACACCCUUUGCACGAACACACGCACCUUGCGCAACCUAAACCCUCUUUCCAAUUUCCUAUGUGGAGGUAGCUAUGUUUAGCUAGUGGAGGGUGUGCGUAGAUUACCAGUUUUUGUUAGAGACCAACGCACAAUCCGAACCCCUGGUGCAGGGGAGUGAGUGUCUUCCGUCAUUCUCCCGUCAGGGACCACGGUGUCAGAGACGAAGGCUUAGUCCAGCAAAGGGAGCUCCCCCCCCCCACCUCACUCACCCCCUGAUUUCCCUGACAUCGCAUAAAUUAUUUUCUUUACAGCGUGGUUCUCGCCCACCCUCUGCUGCUGCACUGACAGAUUGAAGCGCGUGGGGAGGGCCCUGUCGGUAGAGCAUCGCAGCCGCUGGUCACCAUCCAUCGGAAACCAGCGUUCGCCCGAUGACGAUUUCUUUAAUUUUUUUAUUCUAUUUUGGCGGUUUUUGUAUUGUAAGUAAUUGGUGUGUGUCCCAUUUUCUAUAGCCCUUUCUCUUCUGGCUCCCGCUACCUGGCCUUCAUUACACUGACUAAUGUCAUUCUGGUGACUUACUCGCCCCCUUCACCAGUCACCAUACACGUGCUCUCUGCAUCGUACUGCUUUCUCUCUUUGCUGGAUGCCAAGGGAUUGAUGCAUUGUUUGUCCUCUGCAAAUCAGUUGUCGGAAGCGGCUCAGCCUCCGCAGUUGGUUUUUGAGCUCGAACUUGCACUUCUGUGGAUGAAGAGCUUUCUGUACAACGGCUGGAAUCGGAGGUUGUUGAGGUUGUGUGGCGUGUGGUGAAGUGCAUUGUAGCGGUGGACAUGCGGAGGGGAUCGGACGAUCUUGUGACGCGGUUGUGCUAGGGGGGGGAAAUCUCAGGUCGUGGAUGUGCACCUUCUAGGUGGAGAGGUGGUAGGUGACCUCAGGAUUGCAACGUUGCUAUGGUCGAGUGCCAUGAGCGGCAGGUGAAGCGACCACAGUGCAGAGCAGUUGGAUCUGGACUACUUAAUGAUCAACUUGCGAUUGUUCAAUCUUCUGCUUCAAGGUAGGGGGGUUGUCGAGGAGAACGUCAUCGCAGUCAAAGACCACCAUGUCCAGUAACCUUGGUUUUAAACAAGUGCAAAGGGAUGUGUCUGAAUGCCAAGGAUGAGAAGGCGGUCGGUAUGUGGUCCAAACCCGCGUCUCGCUUGUCCAGCGAACCACAUCAUGGGCCCGAUGUUACUUUGCGACUGAACAACUUCGAUUCGGCAGCCUCUUCAUCAGAUAGUGAUGUCUCGAGCUCUAAAAUUAUUGAAGGUCCAAGCGAAGUGGGAAAGGAUGCUUCUCCUGUUGCGGUUGUGAGAAAUAUCUCUCCUGCCUCUCCUGUUCCAGGGUUUCGUUUCGUCGAGGAGAAGACAGCUACGCUAGAUAUUGCAGAAACAGCAGCUGCCACUGCAUUCCGGGUUAAUGGGGCUCCGAGAUUUCUUCGCUACGGCGAUCACGAUAUGAGUCGAUCACAUGACUCAAUGCAUAAUUCAUCAGGCAAGGAAAAUGAGAGUUUUUUGAGGGUUGCUGUUGAGGAGCACCGUGCUUACCCCACUUCCAACCUAAGCGAUUUUGAAGAGAGGAGUCAUCCCUUGAAUCUCUUAGGUUCUAGACUGGAGGCAGAGUAUACUCGUGGAGCAGACUUGAAGCAAUGGCCGUCAGGAUCUUGGGAUGUCGGACGAAGGAGUGGAUCAGGAGGUCUGGAACGAACACACAUGGGCCCCAAUGGCUUUUCAGGUUCGGGUACUUGGGAUGUAGGACAAAUGGGUAGUUUAGAACCAACACAUAGCGGUCCGAGCCUUUCAGGUUCUAGCGACUCGGAUUAUGGUGACGAUCGUGUCCGGGAGCAAAGUAACAGCAAGUUGCCCUCUUCGCAAUUCCGCGGUGUCGUACCCCAAUCAAAUGGACGAUGGGGGGCUCAGAUAUAUGAGAAACACCAACGCAUCUGGUUGGGAACCUUCAACACGGAGGAAGAAGCUGCACGUGCGUAUGAUAGGGCUGCCAUCAAGUUUCGUGGUCGUGAUGCAAUGACCAACUUUCGACCGGUAACAGACUCGGAUUACGAAUCCGAGUUCUUGCGCUCCCACAGCAAAGAACAGAUUGUAGAAAUGUUACGGCGUCAUACUUAUGAUGAAGAGCUCGAUCAGUGCAAGAAGGUCUUUAAUAUGGAUGUUGCUGCAAACGCAGUCAGAGCACGACGUCGAGCUCUUGAAAUGUGUAGAACAUCAGCUCCAGAGACCGGACUAUCUGUUGGAUCUUUUAGCCUCGGUCCGAACGCAUCUGCUGGUGAUACUUCAAUGUGUCUACCUCCAACCAGCUUGCCUAGAAACACUUUAAAAGAGUGCGCACCAACACGAGAGCAUUUGUUUGAUAAGGCAGUGACACCCAGCGACGUCGGUAAGCUGAACAGGCUCGUCAUCCCCAAGCAGCAUGCCGAACGGUGCUUCCCUCUUGAUUUGUCCGCCAAUUCGCCUGGGCAGACUCUUUCCUUUGAAGAUGUUUCAGGGAAACAUUGGCGAUUCCGAUACUCAUACUGGAAUAGCAGUCAAAGUUACGUGCUUACCAAGGGCUGGAGUAGAUUCGUGAAGGAGAAGAAGCUUGAUGCAGGUGAUAUUGUGUCCUUCGAGCGAGGUCCAAGCCAAGAACUCUAUAUUGAUUUUCGUCGAAAACAGGUGAUUCCAGGAGGAACUUCCGCGUCCGAUAGACCCACGUUUCGAAGUGCGUGGACUGCAUCCUGCAACAAUUCUUAUGCACCAUCAAAGGGUCCUAGCAGCCCCUUCAACCCUUCGAUGUGGCAGCCCUUCAACUUUUCUGCUCCCCAAGUACCAGGGAUUUCCUCCAAUCUCCAGCAAAGCAUGGAGAAAACACUGUUGUAUGGCGGCAUCUACAGCCAAAUGAUGGAGUCAGCCGUAGGAGUGUCUGUGGGAUCUGGUAAUCCGGGACGCACUCAAGACUCUGGAUUACCAGACAUGGCAGCCAGCAAUUUCAAUCCUGGGCUACAGUCUUUGCCUUUAAAGUCUUACGCGGCUACGGAAGAUUUCAUUGCAGGCAUUGAAAGACCACAACGGCAAUUAAAAGAUGUUGAUGGAGGUCCCAAUAUCCAUGACAGGUCUCUUGUCGCCUCCAGCAGCAGCACAUCAUCACAGAGUGAAGAAGCGCCGAGCACUAGCAGUGGAACAAGGCUUUUUGGAGUUGAUUUAGAGCUGGCAGGUCCCUUUGCUUUAAAAGGUUCUCAUUUGCAAUCAAUUCCUAACCUUACUUCCGGUGCUUUACCCUCGAUGUUAUUAGAUGGGAAUGCAUCCUCACCAGGAAAUGGGACAUCCAUGAAAAAUGGUAGCAAUCUUUUGCUGUCAUCUUCUUUGUCAUCCCUACCCUCAGGAGAAUUUAUUUCCUUUCGAUUUGGGAAUCAGCAACAGUUGAGUGCGUUCAAAUCCCUGCCAUACAAGGGCUCCGAGGAGCAACCACCCCCGGAAUAUGAAGGAGUUCCUGUGCGGACCCGCUUACAUGCCAGUACCAGCAGCUCCAGUGGUCACGAGGGAACCUCACCAUUCAAAAGCACGGCAAAGUCGGAUGGAGAGGAUCCUAAAGCAAGGUCCAGCACCGAAAGUGUAGUAUCCGCACUGGAUUCUAACUCCAGCCGGUCAAGUCACAUAGUUUUAGAAAAGCGAAAACGCGAAACUUCUAGAAACCAGGAGUAUUUACACGGGUGCUCAGAUCAAGCGGGAGGAACGACUGUUGCAGCUUUCAAUCAAGCACAUUCAGAAUUUCAGGGAUUGCAAGAGCAAGCUCGUCAUUCAUGGCACCAUCAACACGAAGAUAGCACCUCAGCAGAAGUAAGAACAGACGUGAAAAGGCAUUGUUCCCCGAUUCAGGCUCCACUCUUGAGGCAAGGAAGUGGAACCACGGAACAGUCGGAUUUCCUGCCUAAGUCAGAGGUGCUUCAGGAACAACGAAAGCCACAGCAUAAUCUCUCCAACGAAGGGGAUGAAGGCAAAAACGGCCGUGAGGCGUCUGACCGAUAAGUGUUGAAUUGCUUAUUGCACGAUGAUUCCCUUGAUCCCUUGACCCCCAUUAUUCCUGAUGAAGUUGCUCCAUCAACCUUGUACUACAAGCAGGCAGAAAGACAGAUAAUCUUUGAUGCUGCUCACAAAGGUGCGUUCAACACGGAAACAUAGGUGCUGUGGAUUCUUGAGGUAUUUUUGUUGGGGUGUGGUUGUCUCCGCGGUCAAAAAAGAUACGUGACAAGGUUUACUUCAAUUCAGGGUUGAUAUAGAAUGAUUCAAUUUACUUUAUUUACGGACAGCCUAUAAUUUCGAGGGUAGUGUAGUCAAUUCAUGUUUUAUUGUAGAGCCCUGAAACAGGGCUGUGUAGAUUACACCGAACUGCCGGCGGCAUUUGUUCUUAUCGUCGCAUUAUUGAAAGUAUACUGUAUCAGCCUCAUUUAGAAGAUCUGGCCGUUCUCCAAAACGAGAAGCUCGGCUAGUUAGAUCAUCACUGUGUGUGGUCAAUGAUUUGUACCACUAGAACCAUUGAAGCGACAUUGCUUCUGAAGUACUCAACAUAACUCCCACUUUUUCUUUCUUUCUUUCUU